UCUUUCACAAGCAUGAUAAUUCUUGAUGGAUUCCUUUUGUCGAUAAUAAAUAAAUGAAUUAAUAUCCUGGGCUCAGUGGUGAAUAUCUGUUGUCAUGUCGGAUCUCGAACCCGACUUAGAACCGGAACCAGAGCAAGAACGUCGAAAGAGAAGACCAGCCGUAAAGGAUUGUAGUUCGUGCUCCUUUUGUAGGAGACGCAAAAUCAAAUGCAAUCGAAUGCUUCCAUGUAGCAAUUGUGUGAGAUCGAGAACCACAUCAAACUGUGCAUAUGAAAAAUUUCCUAGGUCUUCCCGUGCUCAACAUGACGAAAAUCGACGGAAUCCAAGCGGUAAACAGAAUUAUGACAUGUCCAAUGAGCCAGCUUCGGGAAGAGAAAGAGCCUCAACACUUGGGGUUCCAAUGUAUCCGGCACCACCAACAUCAAAUGAUUCAAUCACAUUAUCACCAACGAAUCGUUUCAUUGCACCAAUCUCAGAUACAACUAGUGAUCUUGACUUCAUGAGGAAAAGGACCGAAGACCAGCUUUCGCUUGCUACCAAAUCAUCCGUUCCGUCUCCUGCCCUCUCUCCCUCUGGAACGUCUGUAGUUUCUAACAUCGAGACAAAAACUUCACUGACUGGAAGCUUUCACAUACACAAAGAAUGUCGACCAUUUGGCCAAGAUCAUCCUGCGAUUGUAACUUAUGGCGUUCUACAUAAAACCAGACUGUUAGGCCAGAGUCAUUGGAUAAAUGGUGUGACUGGGUACCACGGCCUCUUUGAAAUAAUUGAGCCGCAUAUAAAAGAAGGAACGAAGGCCGCCAUUGGUCUACAUAAAUGCAAAACUCUUGGAAAGCUUGUGAAAACCCGGCGAGCACCUUUAUGGCCCACGCCACCAACCUGGCCUGAUUUACCUUCAAAAGAAAAUGCUGACAUACUAGUUGAUUGUUAUCUUCGGACAAUUGAAACUAUCCACAGGGUUUUGCAUAUUCCUACCUUCAAAAAUAAUUAUGAAGCAAUAUGGACAUCGAAUGGAAACCCCGAUACAGAGUUCUUGGUUCAGCUCAAAUUGAUAUUUGCUAUUGGUUCUGCUACAUUCGAUGAUCAAUUUUCCCUUCGUGCUUCAGCAGUUCGAUGGGUCUAUGAGGCGCAGACAUGGAUUUCAGAACCAGAAUUCAAGUCAAGAUUGACUAUAAAAUCACUCCAAACCGAAAUUUUACUUUUAUUAUGGAAUACGAUAUUAGAGUUGAUGUUGCAAUCUAGUAUGGAUUCUGGUGGACCUCCGCUCAUGUCUCUUACCGACUGGGACACUGAGUCUCCUGCAAACUUCAACGACGACGAACUUCUGAGCACUGAUGCUCUACCUCGGCCAGAGAAUGAAUUUAGUCAGACUUCUCUCGCAAUCAUACUUGGCAAGACCUUUCCGGUUCGACUGGCCAUCGCAAAGUCAUUGAACGAUUGCAGCGCAGUCAAUACAUUUGAAGAAGCUACCAGGCUUGACACAGAGCUGAGAUCUUCCUACAAAGCCUUGUGUCAGGAUGUUCAAGAGUUUAAUUCAACCAAUGGGCCUCUACCCCCUCAAUUUGGAAUAGACAUGCUGAAUAUCAUAAUGCUACGAUACCUCUCAUUCCUCCAUAUUCCAUUUUUCGUAUCGGCUUUGCAAUCUCCUACGUAUACGUCUUCUAGGAAGGUAGUUUUGGAGACUUCACUUAAAAUUUGGCACAUGGUGCAUUCAAUCAAGUUAGACAAAGAAUCACAAGCACACGAAGAAUUUAUCGAAGAUAGUCAACGAUGUCUUUCCCGACUUACAAUAUGUGGCUCAGGAUUACUUCGUACCGUGGCGACACAAGCCGGGUUCGUAAUUGCUACGGAAAUCAAGACCCAGCUUCAAGAAGAGACAAGUCUAGGACCUAUCUCUCUACGCCCGGAUCUUCUUGACGCUUUACAACGCGCCAAAACUUGGAAUAUGAGAUGUAUUGAAGCUGGGGAGGUUAAUGUGAAAGGGUACCUGUUCAUCUGCUUGGCAAUUGCACAUAUCGAUGCUCUCCGACACAGUCAGGUUGGAGAAAAACUCGCAGCAUCAAUAGUAAGCGUUGCUGAAAAGGCUCUGGAUGAAUGUGCAGAAGUACUUGAAAAAAUGGCAACUCAUGGAUUGAAUGAGACGGAGAGUUUGAGUAAGAUGUCCCUAGCCACUCCGACUGAGUUGAUGGCAGAUUGGGAUUUUAUGAUGACAGAUGCUCAGUACAAUUUUGGAGAUGCGAUGGGUUGGGCGUUCAAUUACGAUCACCCUCAAGAUACAUCAAUUUGGUAGAAUUUGAAGCGGCAUUGGGACUUGUGCUUGGAGAACCAGUGAAGAUGUAAGAUAAAGCCAAUAGAGAAUGUUCGUCAAAAUAUUGCGGAUCAAAAAAACCAAGAUAAUUAUCAAUGGGAGUCUCGAAAUCGGGAUUGGGUAGCCAAAGAGGCUCAAUAACAUACUCUCAAACCUUUCAUAUAUCUGGCUUUGGAUUCGAUGCGAAUGAUAGUCUGACACUCGAUUACUGCUUCGUUUCUGCUGUGUUUGAUGGCUUAUGGCUUGCAUACCAAGGUAGACGCCACUCGAAAUAAGCAUCAGUCGCAUCGUCGAUCACACUCUUUGAACCCGAAGUGGGCUCUCUGGCUGUAAAAUUCAAACUUUAACUGGAGUACUGAUUGGCAAAAUUUACUGAACGCAAGCAACUAUUGGUGAUUC